UCCUUCCAGAUCUUCUCCCCAGGUCUGUCCACACUAAUUCGCUAGCUUGAACACCUCGACGAACGGACGGAAGCACCGAAGCAGGUGAGGAAGAGAGAAGAAAGCAAAGCCAUAUAAUGGCUUCCUCUUCGCUCGACACCGAGGCAGCCCAAGCGCACAAGGCCGGCGACGGCGGAUACACCACCGCAGCCACUGCUCACGCAGUAGACACAGAUUCAUGGCAGCAGGUUGGGUUGCUGCUGGUGACGGGGUUCAACUGCGCCUACGUGCUCAGCUUCUCCAACCUGAUGAUGGUGCCGCUGGGCUGGUGGUGGGGCGCCGCCUGCCUGCUCCUCGUCGGCGGCGCCGCCUGGUACGCAAACUGGCUCCUCGCCGGACUCCAUCUCGUCGACGGCCACAGGUUCAUCCGCUACAGGGACCUCAUGGGCUACGUCUUCGGGACAAACAUGUACUACAUCACCUGGUUCCUGCAGUUUACCACCCUGCUCCUGGGAAGCAUGGGCUUCAUUUUACUAGGUGGAAGAGCUCUCAAGGCAAUCAGCGCCGAGUUCACCGGCGAGUCCACUCCGAGGCUGCAGUGGUUCAUCGCGGCGACGGGCGCCGUGUACUUCGCCUUCGCCUACUUCGUGCCGACGAUAUCCGCCAUGAGGAACUGGCUCGCCACCUCCGCCGCACUCACCGUGACCUUCGACGUCGCCCUCCUGGCCGUCCUCGUCAAAGACGGGAGAUCGAGCAAGCAGACGGAUUACACGAUCCACGGGACCCAGCAAGACAAGGUGUUCAACGCGCUGGGCGCCGUCGCCGCCAUCCUCGUCUGCAACACCUCCGGCCUGCUCCCCGAGAUACAGUCGACCCUGCGGAAGCCGUCGGUGUCCAACAUGAGGCGCGCGCUGGCGCUGCAGUACACGGUGGGCGCCGCGGCAUACUACGGGAUCAGCGUCGCCGGCUACUGGGCCUACGGCGCCGCCGCGUCGGAGUACCUCCCGAACCAGCUCGGCGGGCCGCGCUGGGCGUCGGUGCUCAUCAACGCCACCGCCUUCCUCCAGAGCAUCGUCUCGCAGCACCUGUUCACGGUGCCGAUCCACGAGGCGAUGGACACGCGGCUGCAGAGGCUGGAUGAGGGGAUGUUCUCGCGGCACAACAUGGCGCGCCGCCUCGUCGCCAGGGCGGUCCUCUUCGGCGUCAACGUUUUCGUCACCGCGCUCUUCCCAUUCAUGGGCGACUUCGUCAACCUCUUCGGUUCCUUCGCGCUCUUCCCGCUCACCUUCAUCUUCCCCAGCAUGAUCGUCCUCAAGAUCAAAGGGGAAUGUGACGGGAGAUGGCACAGGCUCUGGCACUGGGGCAUCAUCGUCGUCUCUUCGGUUCUCGGCGUUGCCACCACCGCCGCGGCUGUACGCCUGAUCGUGCACAACGUCAGCGUGUACCGUUUCUUUGCCGACAUAUAGAAAGACACACCGGACGUCCAACACCGCUGCGCUUAUUAAUUUAUCUGGGCGCUCAAGCGCAGGAUACUUGAUAAACAUAUGCACGAAGAUUCAGCGCGUCCAGACGUGACACGAAUAUACUAGUAAUGUAGUAGAAUAUAUCUCAUUCAGGCCAACUCGUGGGCUCGGUGGCAUUGGACAAAAUUAAGCAGUAAUCGCCUCACUGGAAUGGGGAAAUAUUAAUUUCACUUACUUCCUCCGUUUUUAUAUGUAAGACCACUUUGUAUUCCGAGGCAAAACUUUAACCAACAAUUUGACCAAUAGAAUAUAAGUUAUAUGACACAAAAAAGAUAGUUGGAAACAUUUUCCAAAUAUGAAUCCAAUAGUCUUUUGAUGACA